AUGUGGUGGAAUAAUCACAUUGGGUAUGUUGGGUACAUGCCUUUGGAGAUUAAGGAUAUGGCCAAUAGUGGAUCAUUGGUCGGGAUCCUCGAUGGGUUGAUCUAUGAUUUAACCAUGUAUCUCAGCUAUCUGCCUGCUGUCAUUACACCUACCAGUACGCAAGCAGGCGGAGGCAUCAACACACAAUUCAUGAGUUCCACCAUUGUUGAUCUGUUCAAGAUCAACUCCGGGCAGGAUUUUACAAAGAAGUUCAAGGAUGGUCUUGGACUUGAUUCUGCAACACUCGAAAGCCAGAGGACAUGUCUUCACAAUCUAUUCUUGAUCAGUGCAGUCGACAAUCGAAAUUCGCCUCAGUGUCUGUUCUCACAAUAUAUCUUGCUCAUCCUUUUGGUUCUCAUGGUCUCCAUCAUCAGGUUCAAAUUCAUUGCAUCGAUCAAUUUCGGGGCUGUUUGUGCACCCAAGGACCAUAACAAGUUCAUGAUUUGCCAAGUUCCAUGUUACACUGAAGGCGAGGCAUCACUUUGGCAUACAAUCAAUUCAUUGGCUGUGCUCAAGUAUGACAAUAAGUGCAAACUGAUCCUCAUUGUGUGCAACAGGAACAUUGUUGGAUCUGGCAAUGAUUGCCCAACACCACAUAUUGUGCUUGAUAUUCUGGGUGCUGACCCGAACUUGGACCCUGAACUGCUCAGUUUUGUAUCGAUUGGCGAGGGCGCCCGACAGCAUAAUAUGGCCAAAGUGUACUCGGGUCUGUACGAGUGUGCUGGACAUGUUGUGCCUUACCUUGUGGUCAUCAAGGUCGGGAAGCUGACAGAGAGGUCAUGUCCCAGGAAUUGUGGUAAGCAUGAUUCACAGAUGGCGGUCAUGCAUUUCUUGAACAAGGUGCAUUACAAUAUGCCGAUGAAUCCCCUUGAGCUCGAGAUGUAUCACCAGAUCAAGAAUGUCAUCAGCAUCAAGCCAACAUUUUAUGAGUAUCUAUUUGCUGUCAAUGCAGAUAUGACUGCAGAGCCAUAUGCACUUAACUGCCUCAUUUCUGCAUUAGUCAUGUCGUGCUGCUUGGUAGGGGAUUUGAGGAAACUGACCAGCCAUAGAAUGAUUCAUGACAAGAAAGCCCUUGGCAUGUGCAGUGAAACAUCCCUCACCAAUGCCAAACAGUUGAUUGUGACAAUGAUGCAGGUGUAUGAGUACUUCAUCUCCCAUCACAUGGUGAAGGCAUUUGAGAGUCUGUUUGGCUCGCUCACUUGCUUGCACAGUUGUUUCACCUUGUUCUGUCUGCACAUGCCAGACAUGCACAAUGUCUCCAACCAAAUUACCCAAGAUUAUUCCCAGAACUGUGUCGAUACCCUACACAUGAAGAACUUACUGCUUCUUGGAGAAGAUUGUUAUUUGACAACCCUAUUGCUCAAAGACUUCCUGAUGUACAAGAUGCAAUUUAUCAGGGAUGCUCAUGCUGAGACAGUCGCUCUGGAUGAUUGGAAGGUUCUGCUCUCACAACGUCAUCAUUGGAUCAACUCAACCAUUCAUAAUCUUGGUGAACUCAUGUUCCUGGAUCAGCUUUGUGGUUUCUGUUGCUUCUCCAUGCAUUUCAUUGUCAUGAUGGAUCUCGUAUCAAUGCUGAUUCAGCCUGUCACUGUCACAUAUAUCGUCUACUUGAUUGUGUUGGUCAUUUAUGAGCACAGUACCAUCCCCUUCAUCUUCCUUGUCAUGAUUGCCACCUGUGCACAGCUUGCAAGCCUUUGUGUUCAUUCUGCAUUGCAAGUGGGACAUGGUUGGAUGGAUGGAUUUCUAUAUCUUGGCCAUCCUGAUUUUCUCAUUCAUGCUUCCAAUCUACUCAUUUUGGCAUAUGGAUGAUUUCUCAUGGGGUGCCACACAGUGUCAUACUGGGAGAAUCUGGAAAGAAGAUCAUCGUUCAUGUAGGUGGCUUAAUCUUGAAUGCAUUAUGUCGCUGAUCGCUGUUAUUGUG